CAUGCAGAGGUCACCAGGAAGGAAAGCCUGCUGAACACGGAUUCAAUUUUCUAGCAGAACUCCAGGUCCUCUGAGUUAAAGGAAGCAUUUAUGGACGCUUAGCAGCCACUGGGGACCAGCUCUGGCCAGGACAAUUCUGUUUGCCAUGAUGUGGGUUGAAAUCACAACUUCUCCUGGGCCUGGUGGCUCACGCCUGUAAUCCUAGCACUUUGGGAGGCCGAGGGCCCAGAUAUUCACUAUUAAGUGUCCAGGAAGGAUCUUUCUUAUAUAAAGGUGCUUCUGAGGACUUCCAGAGUUACAGUGGAGGAGGAAUCAGGGCAGGAAUUGGGGCUGGACAGGUCUACUCCCAAGGAUUUCCACUUUUACCACAUGGACCUGCAUGACUCUGAAGACAGACUGCAGCUCUUUCCAGAAGAGAAUACUAGGAUGAGGAAAGAAGUAGUCCAAGCUGAAAUGGCCAAUGAGUCAAGAGGAGCAGGGGAUGGUAAGGCUCAAAGAGACCUUCAAGAGGAAGUGGAUGAACUUGUCCACUUAUAUGGACUUGAAGAUGAUCAUGAAUUAAGGGAUGAGUUUGUUGAUGAAAACAUGCCCAGAACAGGGGUUUCAGAAUAUCCUCCUUAUGUGAUGAAGAGGAGAGACCCAGCCAGGGAGCAGAGAGACUGGAGACCUAGUGGAGAGACAGCGGAGGCUGAGGACCUGGGCUUCGGAGGGUGGGGCUCGGCAGGCCAGUGCCAGGACUUGCGGGAAGCCUAUAGGUACACACACGGCCGUGCCAGCGAGGAGUAUGAAUGCUAUGUCAUCCCCGAGGAAGAGGAUGAAGAAGAAGCUGCUGAUGUCUUCUGUGUCACUUGUAAGACUCCAAUAAGAGCUUUUCAGAAGGUUUUUGAUGAACAUAAGGAGCAUGAAGUGAUCCCACUCAAUGAAGCACUGGAAAGUGCCAAGGAUGAAAUUCACAAAAACAUGUACAAAUUGGAAAAGCAGAUAAUCCAGAUGGAAAACUUUGCAAAUCACUUGGAGGAGGUUUUCAUCACUGUGGAGGAGAAUUUUGGAAAACAAGAACAAAACUUUGAGUCACAUUACAACGAGAUCUUGGAAACACUUGCUCAAAAAUAUGAGGAAAAAAUACAAGCUCUAGGGGAGAAAAAGAAAGAGAAGCUGGAAGCCUUAUAUGGACAACUGGUCAGCUGUGGAGAAAACCUAGAUACCUGCAAAGAACUGAUGGAAACAAUAGAAGAGAUGUGUCAUGAGGAGAAGGUGGAUUUCAUAAAGGACAGUGUCAGUGUGUCUUUUUAUACCAACAGACUCGGGAAAUUCCUGAAAGCAAAAACAGACGUGGAAAUCUCUGCACAGCCUGAGUUUGAAGACCAGACCUUGGAUUUCUCUGAUGUGGAGCAGCUGAUGGGCUCCAUUAACACCAUUCCAGCUCCUUCUGCUCCAGUCAUAAAUCCGCAGGCCCCUAACUCAGCCACAGGUUCCUCAGUCCGAGUGUGCUGGAGCUUAUACUCCGAUGACACCGUGGAGAGCUAUCAGCUGUCCUACCGGCCAGUGCAGGACAGCUCACCUGGGAAGGACCAAGCAGCAUUUACAGUGACCGUCAAAGAAACAUAUUGCUCAGUGACAAACCUUGUGCCAAAUACCCAGUAUGAAUUUUGGGUCACAGCUCACAACAGGGCUGGCCCCAGUCCCUCUAGCGAGCAUGCAGUGUACAUGACAGCGCCUUCUCCCCCCAUUAUAAAAACAAAAGAGAUAAGGAGCUGUGAAGAGGCUGUGCUGAUUUGCUGGGAGUCUGGGAACCUGAAUCCUGUGGACUCGUACACUGUGGAGCUGACCCAGGCUGAAAGUCCAGAGGCCUCAGGUGUAACUGAGUCUGUUGUAGGCAUCCCAACCUGCGAGUCCCUGGUGCAGCUGCAGCCGGGGCGGAGCUACAUUAUCUGUGUGCGAGCCCUCAACACGGGGGGCCCCAGCGUGAGGAGCGAGCCAGCUACAGUCCACACCAUAGGAAGCUACUUUCGCCUAAACAAGGACACCUGCCAUCCCUGGCUGAUCAUUUCUGAAGAUGGACUUACGGUCGUACGAAGUGAAAGGAGAAUCCCCGCCAGGGAGCUGUCAUCCAGCGACACCCGCUUCACCAGGUGUGUUGCUGUCAUGGGAAAUCUAAUUCCAGUCCGAGGGCACCAUUACUGGGAGGUGGAGGUGGAUGAGCAUUUGGACUAUACAGUUGGUGUGGCCUUUGAAGAUGUCACUAAACAGGAGGAUCUGGGAGCAAACUGCCUCUCCUGGUGCAUGAGGCACACAUUUGCAUCAUCAAGGCACAGGUAUGAAUUUCUGCACAACAGAACAACUCCGGAUAUAAGAAUAACAGUUCCUCCAAAGAAGAUUGGCAUUCUAUUAGACUAUGAAAAUUCCAAGUUGUCAUUUUUCAAUGUGGACCUUUCUCAGCAUCUAUACACAUUUAGUUGUCAGCUUCACGAAUUUGUGCAUCCCUGUUUUUCUUUGGAAACCCCUGGGUGUCUAAAGGUACAUAAUGGCAUUUCAAUGCCAAAACAUGUCACUUUCUAUUAGAACAUUCUGAUGUCCAGUUUCCUGUCUUCCAUGCCUACCCCUCUUGCAGCCAAUCACGCCUUAGCUGGCUGAACAUGGCAUUUAAGCACCAUGUGCCCAGCACAAUUUAUGGCUCAUGUUAUUAUCUGGCAGAAUGGUGUGCUGGCGCUCAUUUCACCCAACCUGGAUUCUAGUCCUGUGUGCUGCUAAGAUAGUCAUUACCAGGCCCAGCUGUAAAAUAAAGGCUCAGACUAAAUGA